AUGCGGCUCCUCGAAGCAUCUCCAAGGAGCGAAAUAGUGCGCUACACGCCUGCGAUAGGACGGCUCCCAACCGAGCUCUUGCAAGAGAUCUUCCUCUUCGCAGUGGACGAUGACGAUAAACACAAGCAUACAAAGUGGGUCGUCUCGCAUGUUUGCCGACACUGGAGACACGUCGCCACGCACUACCCGAGGCUAUGGUCACGCAUGAGAUUCGAUCCCACCACGAGGCUUGGUUCUAGGCGCCUUCUCCAAGCGGCUUCACAGAUGGCCCAGGCUGUCGAUCUAGAUAUCUGUAUGACGUGGAGUGCCACCUCGAGCAAUUGGGCAGGAAGACGGGAGAAAGCGAAUUUCAUAGCGCUCGCAUUGUCACGACGAUCUCAAUGGAAAUCGCUGGUCAUAACCGACAACGAGUUCGGGGUUGAAUCCAACCUUGCCGUGUUGGCCGAAGGUGUACGCCAUGCCGCUCUCCCGAGGUUAAAGUCCGUACAGUAUCACACCACUCGAAACGGCGGAGAAGGUCAUCGUGUGUUUGAAUUGGUCACUUCUGCCUCGAACCUAGAAGUCCUCAAUUUGCGCAACGUCGACUUCAUGGGUCGAAGAGUGCCGGAAAGGCUCCGCAUUCUCCGGCUCGACAACUGCAACCUUCGAACGAUCGAUGCCCUGUACGAGAUGCUUGCCCUCGUCCCGAACCUCAAGGUCUUGCACAUAUCGAUACCUUGCCCUACUCCCGCAUACACGAGUACGACGACUCACAACCUAUUCCCCUGCUACAGCUUCGCAUGCUCUCCUUGGGAUUACGGGCAUAUUCACACGACGCCUGGUUUGUGCGGCAGCUGGUUGCUCCGAACUUGGGCACCCUCCAUCUAUGGACCGCUCGAAACCCUUGUCCUCACUGCGUGCCCCUCAACGCAGCUCAAAGGCGAACAGAAACUGGCUACCAGGAGGUUUUUGAAGCGAUUGCAGCCGGGGGCUGGCAAAUUCAGACGAUCGAUGUUUCUGAACUGUCUUGCCCUUCACUACCUCUCCUGCGGUCUCUGCAAUCCCUGUUAAGACUUGCUGUUGCAAGAACAUCCGAUUUGCGGCAGAUAGUGAACGCCCCAAACAUACCUGAAGUCAC